GAUGAGCUGGUGUGCUGGCGCCUUAUGACUGGUCGUCUACUAUAUAGUUUUGUUUCAUUAUGCUUAGGUCGAGUUAAAACGUAGACGACAUACUCAAGACAGCUGUAGAUGAAGCUGCGUGGCAUUUUGUCCUGAGGAGUGGUAGAAGACGCUAGUUUCCGUUUCGUAGAAGUUGUUCAUCAUACAUUUUUUUACAACAUGAGACUGUUACAUUAUUUAGUAUUUUUGAUUCUCUACCUCACUGUUGACGCUAGUUCAAGUGAGGCUGGUAAGAAAGGCCCAAAAGUUACAGAUAAGGUAUGGUUCGAUAUUACAUUUGGAAAUGAAGAGAAGCAGAGAAUAGAAAUUGGUUUAUUUGGUAAAACCGUACCCAGAACUGUAAACAAUUUUGUUGAACUAGCGAAGAAACCGGAAGGAGAAGGCUAUAAGGGCAGCAAGUUUCAUAGAGUCAUAAAAGACUUUAUGAUACAAGGUGGUGAUUUCACUAAAGGAGAUGGCACUGGAGGCCGAAGCAUUUAUGGAGAACGUUUUGCAGAUGAGAAUUUUAAGCUGAAGCACUAUGGUGCAGGAUGGCUUUCCAUGGCGAAUGCUGGCAAAGAUACAAAUGGAUCACAGUUUUUUAUAACAACUAAACAGACACCUUGGCUAGAUGGAAGACAUGUUGUUUUUGGGAAGAUUCUGAAAGGAAUGGAUUUGAUCAGAAGAAUUGAGAGCUCCAAGACCGAUAGCCGCGAUCGUCCCGUUAAUGAUGUGGUUAUUGUAGAUUGUGGAGCCGAAGAAGUGAGCGAGCCAUUCUCUGUCUCAAAAGAGGAUGCCACAGAAUAAAAUCCUUUUGACAACAGCUGAGAGGAAUUAUACGUGCGACCAUUAAUUGAAUUGAAUUGAAUUUAAUUGAAUCAGUUAAACUUGCAUGGAGUUACCUUGGAUUCCAUGUCACUGAUAACAGACUUCAUAGCUAUAAUUUUAAAUUAAACUGCUUCUUUUUUUCCCCCUGUCAGAAUUUGACGCUCUCUUGCAGCCAUCGACUAGAGGUGUGCAUAUGCAGGAUCCACAUGAGAGUUUUCAUAACCUGUAAAAUCUUUACCAAAAUUUAAGCAGUAUUUAAGAUCUUACCACACUUUUGUAAUGGGUUGUAACAUUUAUUUUUUCUAAUUUUUGAUGUUUGCAUCAUACAGAAAUUAAGUAGUUUCGUUUUAAAAUAAAAUCAUAUUCCUGAACUAACAGUUUUGUUACAAAUUUCUUAUAGAAUAGUUUCACAUUGAAAUGUUAAUGUUGCUGAUUGUCCUAGUUUUAAAUGGUGUGUGAGCAAUAUUGUAAAUCAUUUAUAUUGUGGUUACAGUAAUACAUAAGUCAAUUCAUUGAUAAGCCUACACGAAAUGAAUGUGGAGCAAACAAAGAAAAUUAAGGUAAGAUAAAUAUUUUGUACUUGGUUUUGUGAUUGCAUAUGCAGUAUGUGUAUGUUACUAUUAAGCUUAACAAAAGGGUGCAUGGUAAAAUGUGAAGCAAUAAAACAUUAUUGAUGAAGAAAA